AUGGAUUUUGCAGUGGUUUCAGCAACACUGGGCACGAUCAACAAGCAGCUCAAAAGAGGCGUAACUAUCUCGAUUGAGAAUUAUCAUGAGCAUUAUAUAUUAAAGAACAUGGAAUACUAUUGCGAAACUGAUUGUUUAGAAGCUCCGACCAUCUCGAUUCCUCCUGCAAAGGGUGGAGUAACAGCAUUCAAGUCUUCCAUUACCAAAGGCCCCCGAGGUCUUCUUAUAUAUGAGCUCAAGAGCGUUAAUAAUGCCUUUAAUCUCGCCGAACGUCUAUUUCUCAUAGUCGGUUGGGACGUUCCCCUCGUCAGUGACAAUCAUUUCUUCCUUCGUGUGGCGUAUGUAGACUCGGCAGAUUUUCCAAAGAAAGAGCCAGAGAGACAAAGAGUGAUGGAGCUCUUGUUUAAGAAUAAGAUUAAAGCCGGGAAUACUAUAUCUUGGGAUGCAUAUCCGGAAGUUGAUACCGAUAAAAUAGCGAAUGAGGAUGACAAAGAGGAGACCAAGUCUAAAAGUUGGCUGUCGGUUUCUGCAUCUAUGGCUACAGCUACUUUAGCCAAUAUCAAGGUCGAGUUACAUCCCUGUCAAUCUGCUUCGGAUGAACAGGAAGAAGGGAUAAUACGCAUUGGCCCUCCGCCGCAAAGCUUAUUCAACAAGUUGGUGGGCAAUGCUGAGAAUUUGAUUAAAUCCGUUAAUAUUAAGGGAUUCGAAAAUUCAUCUGUAAGUUAA